AUGGCCAGCUCAACUACAUCCCCUCAAAUCCCCCAACACGUCUCCGCCCUCCUCUCCCACCUCACAUCCCGCCCGGGCGUGCAAUCAACCCUCAUCCUUUCCCGCAAAGACGGCUCAAUAAUCCAAACAACGGGCCUCCUCGCACCUCCUAAGCGACCAUCUGUUACGAGCGAAGCGUCCGCCCCCGUUCCUGCCCCCGGUGCAUCAGAAGACGCCGGACCAGCUACAGACGCCGCUACAUCUACGGACACAACCACAACCACCGACACCGAAACGCCCUCCACCGAAACAGAAUCUCAACUCCAAUCUGCAACCAGCACCUCAACGCAAACCCAGACACAAGCGCAAUCGAAACCCUACCAACCAACCCAAGCCGAGUCCCUCGCAGCACAUAUCUUUGCCUUUGUGUCUAGCGCGUCGAAUCUCAGUUUGGCGCUUGCGAAUCCGCUGGACGGGAAGACGUCUUCGGCAAAUGGAGUCGGUGAGACGGGGCUAGUCAAUGGGACUGGGGGAGGGACUGGGACGGGCGAGGGGGAAGGCGAGGGCUCGGAGGGGCUGGAUGAUGAUGAAGUUAAACUGAUGAGGCUUAGGACGAAGAAGCAUGAGGUUGUGGUUGUGCCCGAUCGGAAAUAUCUGCUUUGUGUUGUGCAGGAUGCGACGCCGACUGCUGCUGGCAGUGGCGGGUUAGCGACGGGGGCGGGGAGGUUUUCGAGGUAG